GAUGUGGCCACCGCUUUCGAGGGCGAGAUCAACGUGCUGCCCGUGACAAAAGAGACCUACAUAUCGUUCACAAAACAUGUGAGCAGUACUCGAGAUGAGGACAAUCAGAAGUGCGUGCAACUGCGAUUCAUCGAUUCGUACAAAUUUCUGAGCACAAGCUUAGAAAAGCUCGCGUCCUAUCUCGACAAGAGCGAACUGCGAGUGACUCAAACGGAAUUCGGAGAUCUUUCCACCGAGGACUUUGAACUGCUCACUUCGCUGACCGGCGAGACUGUGACGGAGAACGAGUACGCACACGCAACGAAUGUAUGGCAACGAUUCAACAUCGAAAAUCUGGGAUCGUACAGCGACUUGUAUCUGAAGACGGACGUACUUUUGCUGGCUGAUGUAUUCGAAAACUUUCGUCGCGAGUGCCUCGCGAGUUACGGACUGGAUCCCGCGCACUACUACACGCUGCCGAGAUAUACAUGGGACACCAUGUUGAAGUACACUCGUGUGACGUUCGAGCUGCUGACUGACAUCAACAUGGUGAUGUUCGUGGAACGUGGUAUACGCGGCGGUCUGAGUCAAUGUUCGAACAGAUACGCCCGCGCGAACAACAGGUACGCGUGUUCGCACGAUCCAUCCGAACCGUCGUCGUAUCUGAUGUACUACGACGUCAACAAUCUCUACGGAUGGGCGAUGUGUCAACCGCUUCCAUAUGGUAACUUUGCGUGGGUGGAGAACGCGUACGAGUUCGACGUGACAACGGUAGCGGCGGACAGCGACAUCGGCUACAUACUCGAGGUCGAUCUGACGUAUCCGAAAGAACUGCACGACGCGCACAGAGAUCUACCCUUUUGUCCAACGCGCGAGGAGCCGCCUGGUAAACAUGGAAAGAAUCACGUCAAACUGCUCGCCACAGUGUUCAACAAGAAGCGAUACGUGAUUCACUACCUCAACCUACAGCAGUGUCUGAGACACGGGCUUCGCUUAACGCGAAUACAUCGAGUGCUGCGGUUCUCGCAAUCGCCUUGGCUGCGCGGAUACAUCGAGCUCAAUACUCGAUUUCGCGCGAACGCCGCCAAUGAGUUUGCAAAGAAUCUUUACAAACUUAUGAACAACGCGGUGUUCGGCAAGACAAUGGAGAACGUGCGCAAGUACACCGACGUACGAAUUGUUACAAAAUGGAAAGGACGAUACGGUGCAGAAGCGCUCAUUGCAAAACCAAACUUCCACAGCCACAGCGUGUUUGCUGAAGAUUUGGUGGCCAUAGAACUGCGUCGCCUGGAAGUUUUGUUUAACAAAUCGUUGUACUUCGGUAUGUGCAUACUCGACAUAUCGAAGACCUGUCUAUACGAAUUCCAUUACGACUACAUGGCACCGUUGUACGGUUAUGAUUGCAAGAUCCUCUACACCGAUACCGACAGUUUGAUAUACCACAUAAAGUGCGAGGAUGUGUACGAGGAUAUGAAGCGCGAUAUCGCUCGCUUCGAUACGAGCGACUAUCCAGCGGACAAUCUAUACAACAUGCCUCGA